UCUCUCUCUCUCUCUCUCUCUCUCUCUAUGGAGGCCGGAGGAAAGGGGAAGAGGGCGGAGAUAGACACGAGGGCGCCGUUCAGGACAGUGAAAGAGGCAGUGGCUUUGUUCGGUGAGAGAGUUCUGGCAAGUGAAGUCUACACCAAUCGACUCAAAGUGAUCCACGGUGAGAAAUGGGAAGAGCCUUCGAGGGCAGUGAACAUUGAAACCGAGCUUGAAGAGACGAAACACAACCUCAAAAGGGCGCAGGAAGAAAGCAUGCAGAUGAAGAACUAUCUGUCUUCUCUCAGGGAAGAACUCGAACGGACAAAACAAGAGCUCCAGCUUCUGAAACAGAUUGAUCAUGACGACGAUGUUGAAUUCAAGAACCGAAUCGAAGACAAGAUCGAAACGAAAUUCGAAGUCUACCAUUGCGGGUCGGUGGAAGGAGGAGACUUUGAGAAGAAGAACAGGAAGAAGAGCGAGAAGAGAUACGUGAAAUUCGCAAACACGACGAGCAUUGGAACUUCGGUGGCGGGAGUUGAGAGGUUGCUUGAAAGACAACAUUCGAUGAGGAGGAAGAAGAAGGAGAGUUUGAUCCCUUUGAUUGGAGGGCUGUUCUGUAAGAAGAAGAAGAAGGCUUGCAAUGAAGCCGCUUGAUUUCAUUUUACAAAAUAAAUUCACAUCUGUUAUUACGAGUUUUCGCAUUGUUUCUUUGAAUGCCUUUUCUUUCUCUUUUUGUUCAAGUUAAUAAAAAAAUUAUUUCAAAGUUAUUAUCUCUGGUUUGAUUCUA